AUGACAGAGGAGCAGAAGAUGGAGGAGGGCAAGCGGAUGUUCUCGAUAUUUGCCGCGCGGAUGUUCGAGCAGCGGGUGCUCCAGGCGUACAGAGAGAGGGUCGCCCAGGAGCGCCAGCAGCAGCUGUUGCGCGAGCUCGAGGAUGAGGACAAGAUGUCCAAGGAGCGGGAGGCCAAGAAACAGAACCAGAACCAGAAGAAGAAGGCGAAGAAGAUGUGGGUUUACUGCAUGUGCAGCUAA